AUGUGGAGGCUAUGGUUCGACCUACUGCUACUGGUUGCUUUAUUUCGUUCUUCAUACUCAUCCGAUUCUGGUCAGAAAGCAGAUCUUUUCAAUGAAGAUGAUUCAAGAUCCCGUCUUGUGAUGCUUGACGGUAAUAUGUAUUUCCAUGCUGCACGUGAGAAGAACAUAUCGUUUAUAACGGGUACCGGCGGCUCAAUUUAUUUUGGCGAGAAAAACCUUAACUUAUUGCCAGAGUUGACUGAAUUUGAAAUCAUGAAGGACGAAGUGGACAAAACUAAGAGUCGCAUUCAUCAGCUCGUAAGAAUGGCUAAUUUAUUCAAACAACAGAUUAAAUUGAAAAGUGGUGAUGUUGACGCUUUGAACAGAAAAGUUAGUUAA